AUGAAUUCCGAUAUAGGUCGGUCGGGGGUGUCGAAAAACAUCGAUGCCUCGUCAGACGACAGCGUCCCCUUCGAUCAUCGUCGCGUUGACCCUUCAAUCUACAACAAUCUGGAGGAGGUCAGAGAUGUCAAAGCGUUCACCGAUAUGGUCAAGGACUACAUGGCUUAUGUAAGAGCGGAACCUCACCAGUACAAAGGUUGGGAUGAGGAUAGAGAAUUGGACACCGCUAGUAUGUUUGUCGCAAUGAUAAACAACGAGAAAGGAUGGACAUUGGCAAGCAACAUGGUGCCAGAGUUCCAAUCACCAACAAUUGACACAACGAACCUCCCUGAUCCCCUGCGAUAUAUCCUCGAUGCUGUCGAGAGUCGCUUACCGAUGCGGGCAGCCUACAUUGACAAGGGAACACGGAGUGCGGAUCAAGUAUGGGAAGAGGAUCUAGCCUGGCGUAGUGAGAAGAGGUGGGUGGAGUACUUAGGAUGGCAAGCAGGACGAUUACACCACACAAGUGAUGAUCGACUAAGGCGAGAACAGGAGCAUGAACAGGAGCAUGAACAGGAGGUUGGACAGGAGUAUGAGGAGUAUGAACAAGAGUAUGAUCAGGAGUAUGGACAGAAGGAUGAGGAGGAAGAACAGGAGGAUGAAGAGGAGUAUGAUACGGAAGAGGACAUGGAUGAAUGA